AUGUCGACUGCAAUAAUCAACGCUCUGGUCCCCCUUUGGAGUACCAGUCCAUUCCCGAGCGGAUCGAUGGGGCCACUUCUGGAAGAACUUUACCCCGACAUUCAACGCUUCACAGCUAUAGCUCUCAAAUUUUCCUACCACCCCGGUAGCCCAUCUGAGCCAAGAGUUUUGUUGAUCGAGCGAAACGGCAAAAAUAGCUCAUGGGGAGGAGGAACUCCAGACAAGGAGGACCCGACUAUCAUCCAUUCUACGGCCCGAGAAAGCGGGGAGGAGACGCAAAUCUCCAGGGCUAGCCUGAAAGAUUUGCUAAAGAUGCUAUCACGUGUUCUUUCUAUCACGAAGAUAGAAAAACCGGCGAUAUAG